UUUAAAAUUUCCAUUCUUUCUCCUUUCUUUUUCUCUCUCUGUGACUCUGUCUCUCUCUGUUUCUCUUCAAAUCAAGACUUAAUUAGGGUUUUAAACUUUAUCUUUAUCCAUUGAAGACCCCAAAAGUCCCUGACUCCCAGCUCCGAUUUAUAGCUCUUCUUCUCCUAUAAUUUCCCCUUUUCCCGGAUCCCUUUUUCUUCUGUAGUCAAUGUAAGUCAAAAUUUCUCUUUCCCCAUCUCUUCAAAUUCUUCAAAAUCCAAUCUUUGUUGUUCUUCAAUUUGAAUUCCCAGCUAAGAAUUAUGAGCAAAGAAUCGUCUAGGGUAUGUUCUUCUGAUUGGUUUUUUGCUUAUCUGCAUGGAUUAUGAUAAUGCCAAAUGAUUUGAGCUAGUUUGGAAAUUUGAUUAGAGUUUAGGGUCGAGGUUUUUUGUAGAUAUGAUCAAACAAAUUCUGGGUAGAAUACCUCGAAAACCCUCGAAAUCAUCGCAAAACGAUGCAUAUAACGAUGGAGGGGUUAAUGGGAUUGGACCCAAUUCCAUUAACAGCUCAAAAUCUACUUCUGCUGCUGCAUCAAAGUCUUCGAAUUCGGGUUCCGGGGCUUCAAGAACCAGCAAUGGGAUUCUUGCCCCACAGUCAAGUAAAUCCAAGAAAUCCGGUCAAGUAGGUCCUUUGUUGCAUUCAGGAGCCUAUGAGGCCCUGCCGAGUUUUAGGGAUGUUCCCAGUGCAGAGAAGCAGGGUCUUUUCAUCAAGAAAUUGAAUAUGUGUUGUGUUGUAUUUGAUUUCAACGAUCCGUCGAAGAAUGUCAGGGAGAAGGACAUAAAGAGGCAGACUUUGCUUGAACUUGUGGAUUACAUUUCAUCUGUGAGUUCGAAAUUCAAUGAGGUGACAAUGCAGGAGAUUACUAAGAUGGUGUCUACCAAUUUGUUUCGGACUUUUCCAUCUUCGAAUCAUGAGAAGAAGGCUCUUGAGAGUUAUGACCAAGAUGAGGAGGACCAGAUGUUGGAGCCUGCUUGGUCUCAUCUUCAGGUUGUGUAUGAGUUUCUGUUAAGAUUUGUGGCUUCCCCGGAGACAGAUGCUAAGCUAGCUAAAAGAUAUAUUGACCAAGCGUUUGUUUUGAAAUUGCUUGAUUUGUUUGACUCUGAGGAUCAAAGAGAGAGGGAAUACUUAAAAACGAUUCUCCACCGGGUUUAUGGGAAGUUCAUGGUACAUCGACCAUUCAUUAGGAAAGCCAUCAACAAUAUCUUCUUUUGGUUCAUAUUUGAGACUCAGAAGCACAAUGGGAUUGCAGAAAUGCUUGAAAUUCUAGGCAGUAUAAUCAAUGGUUUUGCUUUGCCUUUGAAGGAAGAGCACAAGCUGUUCCUUGUCCGCGCCUUGAUUCCCCUUCACAAGCCUAAAUGUGUAUCUAUGUACCAUCAGCAACUUUCCUAUUGCAUUACUCAGUUCGUGGAGAAAGAUGCCAAGCUAUCUGAUACCGUGAUUAGAGGACUGUUGAAGUAUUGGCCCAUAACCAAUAGUUCAAAGGAAGUUAUGUUCCUUGGUGAAUUGGAAGAAGUUCUGGAAGCUACCCAGCCAUCAGAAUUUCAGCGGUGCAUGGUCCCUCUUUUCCGUCGAAUUGGUCAGUGCCUCAGCAGCUCACAUUUUCAGGUAGCUGAACGUGCAUUGUUUUUGUGGAAUAAUGAUCACAUAAGAACUUUGAUCACACAGAACCGCCAAGUGAUUCUGCCAAUAAUCUUCCCUGCUAUGGAGGAAAACACUCGGAGUCACUGGAAUCAAGCUGUUCGGAGUUUGACAUUGAAUGUGAGAAAGAUAUUCUCAGAUGUUGAUCAAGAACUCUUUGAUGAGUGCUUGGCUACAUUCCAAGAAGAUGAAACUAAAGAGAAGGAAACACAGGAGAAACGUGAAUCAACCUGGAAGCGCUUGGAAGAUGUGGCUGCCUCCAAGGCUUUGAACACUGAAGUCGGGCUUGUCUCAAGGUUUGCCUCCACUGCCAUUUCUACGAGCCAAAAACCCCGAGCCACUUCUGGUAGUUGAUAUCCUCGCAAUUGCUAAGUGUGAGUCUUACGUGAAUGAAAGUGGGUGGGACUCAGCCUCACUUCUCUUGGGCUUGUUGUAACUGUAGUUUUGUUCUGAUAAGGGAUACUGUGAAGGUGGGGGGCUCUUGCCAAUAUUGAAACAGCCCCUUGUUUAUCAGUCAAUUCAGUUUCUUUUGUACUCUUCAGCCAUGGAGGGUGUGUGUAUCAUAAGAUAUUCAUUGUUAUAGUGAUAAGUGGUGGUUUGAAUUCCCACCAGAUAGUUUUUAUUGUAUAAUGGUGCAGAAAGUAUUUCAUUUUCUCCUUCUGUUUA